AUGGCACCUUUGCGAUCCAAUGUCGAAGUUCAGCCUCAUCUAGAGGCCAGACAGAAUGAUGCUCAGCUCAGACCCAUAACCCUGACUGUCACUCGAGCUACAACAACUUUCACGACUAUUGUGAACUUGGGCGGUGGAGCGACCAACGUUCCUACUCAAGCGGAUCCAACAGUGGUUACAACGCCACUCUCUACUCCAGAUCCAGUUAUCGCUUCCGGCUCAAGCGAUCCAAGUGACAACACUGGCGUUGUUAUCGGCGCUACUAUUGGAGCAUUGGCCGGAGCUUUGUUGCUCAUGAUCUUUAUCUGGAAGUGCUGCUAUGGUUACCGCAAUGCUGUUCGUUGGACCGGCAGAUAUUACGAUUCCGAUACCUCAUCAUCUUCCUCUUCUUCUCCCUCAUCUUAUCGGCGUCGUUAUGGAGAUACCUUCAAUCGGCGCAACUACAGAGGAUACCCAGUAGCAGUCCCACGCAGAACGUACUCGAGACGAGAGCGAAAACCGAGCUUGAGUACCUCAAGUGGAAGUCGCAGUGACAGUACUUGGAUGAGGAACAGAAGAAGAUCUGGGUGGGGUCAUAGCUUAUUCGGCUGGGUCACUGGGACAACUACGAGAAGGGUGAGGAGCGUAUAUGUCAGGAGGGAUGGUGACAGUAGUGGGAGGAGGUAUGGAGAACCUAGAUAUUCUGUUGACGAUUAA